AUGAGGGCAGUGUCGCAGCCACAGGCUGCUCACAGCCCCCUGGAGAAGCCGCCCAGUACGGCGAUCCUGUGCAACACGUGCGGGAAUGUGUGCAAGGGCGAGGUGCUGCGGGUGCAGAGCAAGUACUUCCACCUCAAGUGCUUCGUCUGCAAAGCAUGCGGCUGCGACCUGGCCGAGGGUGGCUUCUUCGUGCGGCAGGGCGAGUACAUCUGCACGCUGGACUACCAGAGGCUCUACGGCACCCGCUGCUUCAGCUGCGACCAGUUCAUUGAGGGCGAGGUGGUGUCCGCGCUGGGCAAGACCUACCACCCCGACUGCUUCGUGUGCGCGGUCUGCCGGCUGCCCUUUCCACCCGGGGACCGAGUGACCUUCAACGGGAAGGAAUGCAUAUGCCAGAAGUGCUCCCUGCCCACGUCGGUGGGCAGCAGCGCGCACCUGUCCCAGGGCCUCCGGAGUUGCGGGGGCUGUGGCGCAGAGAUCAAGAAUGGCCAGGCCCUGGUGGCUUUGGACAAGCACUGGCAUCUGGGCUGUUUUAAGUGCAAGACCUGCGGGAAGCUCCUGAAUGCUGAGUACAUCAGCAAGGACGGGCUGCCCUACUGUGAAGCCGACUACCAUGCCAAGUUUGGCAUCCGCUGUGACGGCUGUGAGAAGUACAUCACAGGGCGUGUGCUGGAGGCAGGGGAGAAACACUACCACCCUUCGUGCGCGCUAUGUGUCAGAUGUGGCCAGAUGUUCGCAGAAGGAGAAGAGAUGUAUCUUCAAGGUUCGUCCAUCUGGCAUCCGGCAUGUCGACAAGCUGCCAGAACUGAAGACAAAAAUAAGGAAACCAGAACUUCCUCAGAGAGCAUCAUUUCUGUACCUGCUUCCAGCACCUCAGGGUCUCCGAGCCGUGUGAUUUAUGCGAAGCUCGGUGGGGAGAUCCUUGACUACCGGGACUUGGCUGCCCUUCCCAAAAAUAAGGCCAUCUAUGACAUCGACCGCCCCGACAUGAUCUCCUACUCGCCCUACAUCAGCCACUCCACGGGGGACAGGCAGAGCUGCGGCGAGGGGGACCAGGAUGACCGCUCCUACAAGCAGUGCCGGACCUCCAGCCCCAGCUCCACUGGCUCGGUCAGCCUCGGGCGCUAUACCCCAACCUCGCGCUCACCCCAGCACUACAGCCGUGCAGCCGCGCGGCGAUCAGAUGGGGAGGAUGGAAGUUUUGACCAGGAUAACAGGAAGAAGACCAGCUGGCUGAUUCUCAAGGGGGACACAGACACGAGGACCAACUCUCCAGACCUGGACAGCCAGUCCUUGUCCCACAGCAGCGGGACUGACAGAGAUGCUCUCCAAAGAGUGCAAGGGGACAACUCUCACUCACGAUCCCCCUAUUCCAAAUCUGACUCUCUCCCAGGACAUGGAAAGAAUGGCUUGGACCAGCGGAAUGCCAACCUGGCCCCGUGUGGAGCAGACCCGGAUGCCAGCUGGGGCAUGCGAGAAUACAAGAUCUAUCCUUACGACUCGCUCAUCGUAACAAACCGAAUCCGUGUGAAACUGCCCAAAGAUGUGGACCGGACGAGACUGGAGAGACACCUGUCGCCGGAGGAAUUCCAGGAUGUGUUUGGGAUGAGCAUGGACGAGUUCGACCGCCUGGCGCUCUGGAAGAGGAACGACCUCAAGAAGAAAGCCCUGCUGUUUUGACGGUCGCCAGCCUGCUUCGCUGCGCGUGGGGAGACUGGAGAGAGGGACCCCCGCGAGAACCAUGCGAACACCCCCCGCCCCCCCACUGCGCCUUGCUCAGGCUACUCUGUGUCGACGGG